AUGUCUCCAGCUCUUCUUUCCAACGGCUCGGUCGAUAUCGUCGAUAUUCGUGACAACGAUGCCACGUUCUCAGCGGCCGCUGCUAUCCAGGACGGCUUGGAUCCACCAAGCGGCAAGCCUCGCUCGUUUCCCACCAUAUUGCUAUACGAUGCUGCUGGGCUACGGCUGUUUGAGGAGAUUACAUACCUAGAUGAAUACUAUCUGACCAACACCGAGAUUGAGGUGCUAGAAAAACACGCAAGGACCAUCGCUGGGAGACUACCGGAUCAGUCACAGUUGGUGGAAUUGGGUAGCGGGAACCUUCGUAAGGUCGAGAUUCUAUUAAGAGAGUUUGAAAGCUUGCGGAAGCGAGUAGAUUACUACGCCCUGGAUCUAUCAUUAGAGGAACUGCAGCGUACAUUUGCCCAAGUCUCGCCUCAAUCAUACCAAUACGUCCGCUUCCACGGUCUGCACGGCACCUACGAUGAUGCCUUGGAGUGGCUAAAGAAUCCGCAGAAUAGGAAGCAGCCCACGUGCGUUCUUUCGCUAGGCUCGUCCAUCGGAAACUUUGGCCGUGAAGAUGCUGCAGGUUUCCUGCGUCAAUACUCCCAGCUCCUCGGGCCAACUGAUUCCAUCAUCAUUGGCCUGGAUGGCUGUAAGAAUAAAGAUAGAGUCUAUCGCGCUUAUAAUGAUUCCCAGGGCAUCACUCGCCGUUUCUAUCUCAAUGGAUUAGUCCAUGCCAAUGAGGUUUUGGGCUACGAUGCAUUUAUGCCCGACCAAUGGGAUAUUGAUUGCUUGUACAACGAGAUCGAUGGGUGUCACCGCGCAUUCUAUGUACCUACGCAAGAUGUGACUAUCAACGGGAUCUCACUUUGUAAGGGAGAGAAAAUCAUCUUUGAGGAAGCGUACAAGUACGACGCUCGUGAGAGAGCAGAACUGUGGCGUAACGCGGGGCUUAUCAAUGUGGCUGCAUUGGGAAAUAGUGAUGACAACUAUCAUCUCAACAUGCUUUCACCUUCCAACGUCACCUUUCCAACUCGCCCACGCGAGUAUGCACCCAAUCCCGUGCCCUCAUGGGAAGAAUGGAGAUCACUCUGGACAGCCUGGGAUAUUGUCUCCAAGACCAUGGUUCCACAAGACGAGCUAAUUUCCAAGCCGAUCAAGCUGAGAAAUGCUUUAAUUUUUUACUUGGGGCAUAUUCCCACCUUUCUUGACAUCCACUUGACCCGUGCAACGCGAGGCAAACCAACAGACCCAAAGUACUAUCCGCAAAUCUUUGAACGCGGAAUCGACCCUGAUGUGGACAACCCUGAGCAGUGCCAUGCCCACAGUGAGAUACCAGAUGACUGGCCUGCCCUGGGUGAAAUUCUGAAUUACCAAGAGCAAGUCCGCAGUCGAGUGCAGUCUCUCCUGAGAAUGGAAGACUUGCCACAAAACCGAUUGCUCGGCGAAGCUUUAUGGAUCGGGUUCGAGCAUGAAGCCAUGCAUUUGGAGACGUUUUUGUAUAUGUUGCUACAAAGUGAUAAGAUCCUUCCUCCGUUGGGAGUUGAGAGACCCGACUUUGAGGGCAUUGCGCGUCAGGCAGAGCUACAGGCAAAGCCGAAUCAGUGGUUCAGCAUUCCGGAACAAACCAUCGCAAUUGGCAUAGAUGAUUCGGACCUCACCAAGAUGCCGGCACAAUCAUUCGCCUGGGACAAUGAGAAACCCAAACGAUUCGUCUCUGUACACGCAUUCGAAGCGCAGGCACGAGCCAUCACAAACAGAGAAUACGCUCGUUACUUGAAAGAGAAUGGCAUUCAUCGUAUUCCCGCAUCCUGGGUGAUUCAGGCAGCGAAUAGCUGGAACAACACGUUCAACGGACUUCAUACCAACGCGGUCUCUAACGGACAUGGCAAUUCCAUGGACAACUAUGCAGUACGCACUGUCUUUGGACCGGUGUCGUUCGCAUGGGCAGCCGACUGGCCGGUUAUAGCGUCAUACGAUGAAUUAUCCGGGUACGCGGCGUGGAAGAAGUGUCGGCUUCCUACUUUUGAGGAGGCGAGGUCUAUUUACAAGCAUGCUGCGACACUGAACGGACAAUCUAAUGAUGUCAAUGGUGUCAAUGGUGUUAGUAAUGGCCACGUGGAAACCCUCGAAAGUGAAAGUCCGACAGAUGGCCCUGUCCGCCAUAACGGUGUUAAAUCCGAGUCGUCUCUGUUUGUGGACCUCACCAACGCCAAUGUCGGAUUCAAGGACUGGCAUCCAGUCCCAGUCACGCCCAACGGCGACAGACUAGCGGGACAGGGCGAGAUGGGCGGCGUGUGGGAAUGGACCAGCUCGUUGUUGAGUGCACAUGACGGAUUUGAGGAGAUGAAGAUUUAUCCUGGAUACACCGCUGAUUUCUUCGAUGGAAAGCAUAAUAUUGUCCUGGGAGGAUCGUGGGCUACGCAUCCUCGUGUUGCGGGACGGACCAGUUUCGUGAACUGGUAUCAGCACAACUACCCAUACGCAUGGGUCGGGGCAAGACUUGUACGAGACAUCUGA